AUGGCGCGGGUCACAGUUGGUUCAGGAGAUGCGAGCAGAUCUUGCAUUCUUUAUAUUACCGAAGCUGAUUUGGUGGCUGGAAAUAGCUACAGAAAGAGGCGUGUUCAUGUUAGAAAUUCCAGUACUCUUCAAGGCAUUAUAGUUGUUGAAAAAACAGGAAUGAGUGAACAAUACUUCCCAGCGGUCCAGCCAGUGGCCAGCCAGAGGGAAGCAUCCUGCCUCAUUGUCCAGUUGGUUCAAGAGCAAGCCAGAGAGCCCAGCAGGAACCCCUUCCUCAGGAAGAGGCGCUCUGUGCUCUCUGAGGCAUCCCUGGUCCGAACUGUGCAGCAGAUCCCGGGGGUUGGAAGGGUUAAAGCUCCCCUUCUGCUUCAGAGGUUUUCAAGCAUCCAGCGACUGAGUAACGCGUCCACUCAAGAACUCGAGCCAGUGGUUUGA